UACGACAGAACUCAGUUUAUUAUGACAUAUAUGGGGUUACAUUUUAAUUCUUUACUUAUUAAAAUGAAACAAAAUUUAUAAUAUUUUUUAUCACAUUUUUAAAUGUCGCGUUCUAUAUAAAGCUUUUCAAUUAAUACUACAUUUUAUAAAUAUAUACAACUAAAUCAUUAUGUCUAAGCUAUUGCAAUAUAGUUUUGAUUUAUUGAUAGAUGUAAAUUAAAUCGAAUAUGAUUCCAGGAUUAAAUUAUGAAGAUCAAAGUGAUACAAGAGUUGGGCAUAGAGAUGAUCUAAUAAAUCUUGUUAAUGAAUUUACAAAUGGAAAGCAUGACGCAUUUGGUCAACAUUUGUAUGACAAAAUGAAUCAAAUAAGAGACCAACAAGAGCAAUUAGUUCAGAAUCAUUUUGAUUUUAGUUUACAGCAAAAUAUGAAAGAAUAUGAUAUCAACAAUACUCGAAUAAAAUCAGAAGAAUUUAUAGAUAAACUGAUGAAAGGGUUAAAUAAUGUCAGUAAUUCUUUACAUCAACUUUGUGAAUUUAAACCUACAAGUGAUAAAGACUAAAGAAUGUUGUAAUCAUUGUUAUAGUAAUUAAAAAUAGCAUUAUAAAAUUUUAGAUAAAUAUUUAACAUAUAACAAUGAUAUCAAUAUUAUAAUUUCCAACAAUAUAACACCAUAGAGUAUAUAUUUAUUUGUGACUGUGCUAAAUUAUAUAUUAUAAGUUGUUAUAGUAAAUAUAUACUUCAAAAACACUUUUCUUAUGUAUACUUGA